CUACAAGGAUAAUGAGGAAAAGACGGAAUUGGAAACGUCAGUGUUACUUGAAGUGAUGGAUACUAAGAGCGUUUGAGGAACCCUUACAUCUGACCCAAUGGCAAAGAAAGGCCGCGCCAAGGGCGAGAAGCCUGAAGCGCUCAUCUCCGCCUUACAGGCAGCCAACGAAGAUCUCAGGUCCAAACUAACCGACAUUCAAAUUGAACUGCAUCAAGAAAAAUGCAAGGUGACCAAGCUGGAGCGAGAAAAGGUGCAGGAGGGCAAGCGCAUCCGCGAGCAGGAGCAGCAUCGGCACACGGCGGCGCUGACGGAGCAGAGGGCUCGCUGGCACGAGGAGAAGCUGAAGGAGCUCGCCGGCCUGCGCGAAUCCCUGACGCGGCAGCACGAGCAGGAGCUAGCGCGCACCGCUAAGAUCAAAGAAGGAGAGAUCCAGCGCUUGCGGACGGCGCUCAGCGCUCUGCGCGACGGCAGCGGGGAAAAGGUGCGCACCGCGCUGACGCUCGAGGCCCGGAAGGAGGCCCGCCGCUUCUUUGACCACGAGCGCGUCAAGCUGCUGCAGGAAAUAGCCGAGCUGAAAUCCUCUAAACGGCAGACGGACGAAGCGCUGAGCACCAUGAUCAUAGCCGACAAGAUGAAGGCCGGAGACCUGCGCACCGAACACCAGGCGCACCAGGAGCAGAUCUCCAAGAUCAAGUGGGACUGUGAGAAAGAUAUUCGUCGACUGGUGGAUGAGAUCAAGGCGAAGGACCGGACGAUCUUCUCUCUGGAGAAAGAGCUGGAAACAGCGACGGGCUUCGUGCAGAAGUUGCAGCUACAGAAGGAUGCGCUUGAUGAGCAGCUGUUUUUGGUAAAAGAGGCAGAGUGCAACCUGGGAAGCCCCAAAAGAGAGAUCCCCGGCCGCGCUGGAGACGGAGCAGAGCAUUGUGGGAGUCCGGACAUGAGAAGGAACCAGAAGCGCAUUAGCGAGCUCAAAGCCACCAUUCGUAAGCUGGAGGACCGCAAUUCAAUCUUAGUGGAUGAAAGAAACGAGCUGUUGAAGCGCGUUCGAGAGGCAGAGAAACAGUGCAAGCCCUUACUGGAGAAGAACAAAUUAUUAAGUCGGAAAAACGAUGAGCUCAGCCAGUCGCUUCAGAGGAUGGAGGAUAAACUUAAAUCCAUUACCAAGGAGAACGUGGAGAUGAAGGAGAAGAUCACCUCCCAUCCUCCUCUGAAGAAGCUCAAGUCUCUGAAUGAUCUGGACCAGGCCACGGACGAUCAGGAGAUCGAGUUCCUCAAGCUGCAGGUUCUGGAGCAGCAGAGCAUGAUCGACGAGCUGACUCGAGAUAGAGAAAAACUCUUGAGAAAGAAGAGGCAUAAACGAAGCAGACCUAUAAAGAGGCACAUUGUCGUAGACACGUUCUAUGGCUACGAUGAAGAGUCCAUGGAUUCGGAAACGUCCUCGGUGGCCUCCCUGCGCAUGGACCGGACCCCGGCGACGCCGGACGAGGACUUAGACGAGGGUUUGGCGGCUGAAGAGUCCGAACUGCGCUUUAAGCAGCUGACUCGAGAAUACCAGGCUCUUCAGAGAGCAUACGCUCUGCUGCAGGAGCAGAAAGGAGGUGUGCUGGACGCUGAAAUGGAGGCUAAGGCUCACGAACAGCUGCAGGCAGACGCUCAAAGAUACAAAGCUAAAAUCGAAGACCUGGAAAAAGAGCUGGCUUUAAAAGGACAGGACUCUAAAUGGGUGGAAGAGAAGCAGCUGUUUCUGAGACGCAAUCAGGAGCUGCUGGAGAAGGUGGAGAAGCUGGAGAAUGAAAACGGAAAGCUGCAGCAGGAACUACAGGACUCUAAAGAUCAGAACGAACUCCUGGAGUUUCGCAUCCUUGAACUCGAGGAGCGUGAGAGGAGAUCGCCUCCGUUCACUCUUCAGAUCCACCCUUUCUCUGAAGGAGUGAGCGCGCUGCAGAUCUACUGCAUAAAGGAGGGUGUGAAGGACGUGUGUAUACCGGACCUCAUCAAGCUGCUGGACAUACUCGGGGAUAACGGGAACCUGAGGAACGAGGAGCAGGUGGCCAUUAUUCAAGCCAGUACCGUGCUGUCUCUCGCUGAGAAGUGGAUCCAGCAGAUCGAAGGCACAGAAGCAGCUCUGCAUCAGAAGAUGAUGGACCUGGAGCUUGAGAUGGAGAUGUUCUGCAAACAGAAGGGUUAUCUGGAGGAGGAGCUGGAUUAUAGGAAGCAGGCGCUGGACCAGGCCUACAUGCAAAUCCAGGAGCUGGAGGCGACCCUGUACAACGCACUGCAGCAGGAUAAAGUCAUCAAGUACGGAGAACCUCUGGACGAGCUGCAGAAGGACGAGCUGCGCACGGCGGUGGAGAAACUGCGCAGACAGAUGCUGCGUAAGAGCCGAGAAUACGACUGUCAGGUGCUGCAGGAGAGGAUGGAGCUGCUCCAUCAGGCCCAUCAGAGGAUCAGAGACCUGGAGGACAAGACUGACAUUCAGAGGAGACAGAUUAAAGAUCUAGAGGAGAAGUUUUUAUUUCUCUUUUUAUUCUUCUCUCUUGCCUUCAUUCUUUGGCCUUGAUGUCUGUGACAUCUCCUGCGGAGGGUUUGAAGCAACCCGGAGCUGUCGCAUGCAACUGCAGCCGUCCGGUUGUAAUGACUCAAGGUGUAUUAGUGGCUGUUUUGUUUUGCUUGUGUGGAAGUGGGAAAAUCAGAGUUAGUGAUUACGGACUUCAUUGCGGAGGACCAGGACAGGACGCUCGAAAUCAAUCACACUUACAGACCAACGCAAGUGUGACGAAUCAUAAUCAUCAACCCGACUGGAGGAUUAUCGAUUAUCUCUGCCAUGCAGGGACCCGUCGUGACCACGCAUCCUAUGCUAACAACCUGAACCCACAGACCUCUUUCUUUCUCGCUCUGUCCAUCUGUCCGUCUCUCCUCCCGAAAGGGACGUCUCAGCAGACACGCAUCCUCUCACGGGAGCUAUGGGUGCCGGCUCAGGGCCUGCUAGUGAGGUGACCGCCGCAUCUCUGUUAUCAGGACCCCUUAGGAGAGGCGUCUUCCUCACUGCCUGAACACGGAAAGGACAAGGCGACAGAUUGAGAGAGAAAGCGAGACCAUCCACUACAAACCAUCCACACUAGCGGUUUUUGUUUACCCUAGAAAGUUGAGUAGACUACUGCGACCUGAAAACUAAUUCUGAGCAGCCUGGUUUUUAAUAUUUUUAAAAAUUAUUCCUCGCGCUGGGCCUCAUUCCUCCAUCACAAGCACAAUUUCUGUGCAAUUCAGUGCAAAAGGUUUACGCCAGUUUGUGCAAAUAAAAGCAGCGACCCUUUUAUAUAGACAUUGUUGAUUGGAUUUUGACAUGAGGGCAUUGCACUCAAAUGAAGUAAAACUGACAAUAUGAUUGGAGAAUCUGCAUAUAAAGGUUUGAUGAUUGACUAGACCAACCUACUACAACAGUUUAAUUAAAAAUUGUAAAAAGUAAUGAAAAACUAACCCAAAAAAACCCAUACAAAUGAAAAGUUGUUGUCGCCAAUCAAUAAAAAAUUAAAAUAUAUAUUUAUUGCACCAUUUUACCUCAUAAUUCCGACUUUUUCUUUUACAUAAGAGUCAAAAGUGUUAAAAUGACACCCAGGACGAAGUUUACAUCACAAUUCUGAGCAAAAAAAGAAGCUAUUAUUACAAGAUUUAAAUUCAUGCAAUUCAGAGAACGUCCUAAUUGUGGGAUUAAGAAGUGUGAUUUACUUUUACCGUUUUUGUUGCUUAAACUGUCCUUAUGGAAAUGAUUGUAACACGCGGCAGCUUGAAUUUUAGUUUCGCAUAAACUCACACAUUUACACAAGUACAACGGUUCACACGCAGCGGUUUACGAAAGUUAAAGCGUCCUCGUGUGAACUGCUGUGUCACGCAUCAGAACGCUUUUUAUUCUUCAAUGAGAGUUUACGCCGACGAAACCAUUGUUUAACAAAAAGUCAAACGUAAUUCUGCUUGCGGUUCACGAAUGAGGCCCGUCGUCCAAUAAUAUUCCCCGUCUGUGAAGAUCAAGAGUACCUCUUUCUGAUUGCAGUGUAAUAUAUAUGUUUGUUGAUAUGUACAUGUGUCUCUAUUUCCUCUGAUGUGAAUACACUUCUCCUCCUGCAGCUUGAGCAGUAGAGUCACUUUGCAGUUUAGGAUUUAUUCAUGACUAUAAAUUGCGGCGUGUAUUGUGGUGACGGCUGCAGACGAAACCGUUCCUGCCUCCCUCGAUCGUCCCUGUAUUACUCAUCUCUUCCCUGAGCCUCGUUCUUUUCUACUCUUUCAAACGAACAGCUGUAGCAUACCAGCAGGACUUUCACUAACUGGUUUGUACUGAAUGAUCUUUCUAACUCCCUUUAAUUGGCUGUGUCUCUGGCUUGUAAAUAUGUUUUUGGGGCAUUCUGUAUACCAGGUUUGGCUUCAUUUCAUUAAAGUCUAAAUACCUCCUGA